AUGGAGGAGAAAGGGGGGGGCGGGGGGGGGGCUGGUGCCGCAGAUCCCCUCCCCCCCCACUGCUGCACCCGCAGCAGGGGGGAGGUAGGAGAAGGGGCGGUGCAGGAGCCGCUCGGGCGACAGCAGGUUGGCCACACCCGCCACCCCCAUACCCUCCCCCCCACUGCUGCAGCUGAGGCACAUCCGCCACCCCCUCACACCCUCUCCCCGCCAUCCCCAUGGAGGGGGGGGAGGGGGGCGGGGGCGGAGCUGCGCGUGCGACUGGCACCGGGGCCGCGGGUAGGGGCGGCAGAUCGCGAGGGGCCAUGGCCAAGGGCGACGGGGCCAUGGCUAGGGACGACGGGGCGAUGGCUAGGGACGGGGCCGGGCGCUGGGCAGGUACCAGGCGCUGAGCAGGGACUGGGCCGGGCGCUGGGCAGGUACGGGGCCGGGCGCUGGGCAGGUACGGGGCCGGGCGCUGGGCAGGUACGGGGCCGGGCGCUGGGCAGGUACGGGGCCGGGCGCUGGGCAGGUACGGGGCCAGGCGCUGGGCAGGUAUUGGGCCGGGCGCUGGGCAGGUACGGGGCCGGGCGCUGGGCAGGUACGGGGCCGGGCGCUGGGCAGGUACGGGGCCGGGCGCUGGGCAAGUACGGGGCCGGGCGCUGGGCAGGUACGGGGCCAGGCGCUGGGCAGGUACGGGGCCGGGCGCUGGGCGCGGAAUGGGGCCGGGCGCGGGGCUAG